AUGGCAUUUGUGACGGCUUUCACUAGCCAGUCACAGCACAGUUCCCUGUCCGUCGCGCGUGAGAGCGAUUCUUGGCCAGCUGCCAGCAAGGACGUGCACAGCAAUGGUAUCGCAUCAAUAUGUACGGUAUUCGUUGUUCUGGCCGCCGUCGCCGUCGGUGUCAACUCGGUCGCCAUCGGAGUCGCCGCCCCGGCCGCACUGGUAAAGACGGAAGAGUACGAUGCUCACCCACAGUACAGCUUCAGCUACGACGUACAAGACUCGCUGACCGGCGACAACAAGCAGCAGCACGAAACCCGCGACGGAGAUGUUGUGCAGGGUCAGUACUCGCUCGUUGAGCCCGAUGGCACUCGUCGUACCGUGGACUACACGGCCGAUCCCGUGAACGGAUUCAACGCCGUCGUUAGCAAGAGUGCCGAUGCCGCCGUCGUUAAGACUGUUGCCGCCGCCCCCGUUGCCCAUCCCGUCGUCGCUUACCACGCACCGACCGUCGCUGUGGCUCAUGCUCCGGCUGUCGCCGUUGCCCACGCUCCAGUGGCCUACCACGCCCCGGCUGCCACCACCUACGUCUCGCACGCUCCCGUCCUUUCGCACGCUCCCGUUCUCUCGCACGCUCCAGUCUACUCGCACGCCCCCGUCUACUCGCAUGCGCCCGUCCUCUCGCACACCCUUUACCAUCACUAA